GCCGUAAAUACAUCAAGGUCUCUUCUAUCAUCUCCUCAACAAGUUGACCUCAAGGAUAUAGGCUGUUCGAAUGGACGAAGAUGUUCUCAGCGACGUUGUCCCAAGCAACAUUGUUUCGCGUCAGCAAAGCGAGGGUGCGGAUGACGGGGAGAGCGAGUACGUCGACGAAGGCAUGAGUGUUCAAGAAGAUGAGCUCGUCAGCGAUGAUGAUGAGCAGGAGGGACCCAUCCCCAGUACCUCCUCUCCAUCAAAGCUGGAAAAAUUCCAGCAAACCGUAGAGAGGCGGCAAAAGAAACAAAAACGGAAGGCCGAGGAGAGCCAGCUCCACGUAAAACGACAGGAAAUGGACAAGGCGAAAAUUUCCGACGCUGUGAAACGGUACUCUUAUCUCCUUGGUCAGACCGAUCUUUUCAAGCACUUUGUCGAUAUCAAGAAAGCCCGUGACCCCCAAUACGCUGCUUUACUGGACUCACAACCGAAGCCGAAGGGCAGAGGUAGAAAGAAGGGAACCGAUCAGAACGCCCGUCAUCGCAAGUCUGAAAAGGAAGAAGACGAAGAAUUGUUGAAAGACGGAGAACUUGCUGCCGAUGGAGAUGACCAGCCCUAUGUAUUUGAAGAGUCGCCGAGUUACAUCAAUGGUGAAAUGAGAGCAUACCAACUUCAAGGUCUUAAUUGGAUGGUUUCAUUAUACCACAAUGGCCUGAAUGGUAUUCUCGCUGACGAGAUGGGUCUCGGUAAAACAUUGCAGACCAUCUCUUUUCUGUCAUACUUGAAACAUUACCGUGACAUAAGCGGUCCCCACCUGAUUGUUGUCCCGAAAUCUACUCUUCAGAACUGGGCUCGCGAGUUCGAACACUGGACGCCCGAUGUGAAUGUCGUCGUGCUGACCGGCACAAAGGAGGAACGCGCGGAGAUAAUUACAAACCGGCUCAUCCCUCAGGAUUUCGACGUCUGCGUUACCUCAUAUGAAAUAUGUCUCAUCGAGAAGUCGGCGCUCAAGAAAUUCUCCUUCGAAUACAUCAUCAUCGACGAAGCGCACCGUAUCAAGAAUGUCGACUCCAUGCUCGCUCAGAUCGUUCGCGCGUUCAUGUCUCGUGGACGUCUGCUUAUCACCGGAACACCUUUGCAGAACAAUCUUAAGGAGCUGUUUGCGCUUCUUAAUUUCAUCUGUCCCGAAAUAUUCUCGGAUUAUGCGGAUUUGGAUUCUUUCCUGCACAAGGACGAUGACAGCGCGGAGGGGGAGGAGGAUAAGAGUAAGAAAGUUGUGGAAGCUCUGCAUAAAAUUCUUCGUCCGUUUUUGCUGCGGCGUGUCAAAUCCGAUGUGGAGAAGAGCCUCCUGCCUAAGAAGGAAAUAAAUAUUUACGUGGGCCUGACGGAGAUGCAACGGAAGUGGUAUCGCUCAGUGCUUGAGAAGGACAUAGAUGCUGUUAACGGCUUGACGGGAAAGAAGGAGGGCAAGACCCGUCUCAUGAACAUGGUCAUGCAGUUGCGUAAAGUAACAUGCCACCCUUACUUGUUUGACGGCGCAGAACCUGGUCCUCCGUACACGACCGACGAGCAUCUUAUCCAAAACUGCGGAAAGAUGAUCAUCCUCGACAAGCUUCUCAAGUCCAUGAAUGAGAAAGGCUCUCGUGCACUAAUUUUCAGUCAGAUGAGCAGAGUGCUCGACAUCCUCGAAGACUAUUGCCUGUUCAGGGGCUUCAAAUACUGCCGUAUCGACGGUAGCACAGCGCACGACGAUCGAAUAGUAGCCAUCGACGAAUACAAUAAGCCAGGCAGCGAGAAGUUUAUCUUCCUCUUGACAACGCGCGCUGGCGGUCUUGGUAUCAAUCUGACCACUGCUGAUAUCGUCAUUUUAUACGAUAGCGAUUGGAAUCCCCAGGCUGACUUGCAAGCUAUGGAUCGUGCUCAUCGCAUCGGUCAAACUAAGCAGGUCUACGUCUUUCGCUUCAUCACUGAGGACAGCGUCGAGGAACGCAUGCUUGAGCGCGCCGCACAGAAGCUCCGGCUCGAUCAGCUAGUUAUUCAACAAGGUCGCCAACAGCAAGCCAAAGCUGCCAGCAAGGAUGAGCUACUCGAGAUGAUCACGCAUGGUGCCGAGAAACUUAUUAACUCAGCUGAUGCGUUCCUCAUUGAUGACGACAUCGAUGCUAUUGUUCAGCGCGGUGAGGAGCGUACGGCAGAGCUCAACAGCAAGUACGAGGGCCUGAAUCUCGAGGACCUAAACAAUUUCAAGUCGGACGCUACUGUACAGCAGUGGGAAGGCGAGGACUUCCGACCAGGGCGGAAAGGCCUCAAUUUUAACAUGCUAUCCCUUUCGAAGCGUGAACGAAAGGCUAAUUACUCUGUCGACAAUUAUUACAAGGAGACGCUCCGAGUUGGUCCGUCGAAGCCGGAGAAGGGCCCCAAGCUUCCUCGCGCGCCCAAGCAAAUCCAAAUCCAGGAUUUCCAGUUUUUCGACCCCGCCCUGGCUUUGCUGCAAGAACGGGAACUCGCCGUGCACAAGAGGCAAAAUGGGAUCACGGCCACUGUUCGUGAAACCCAAGGAUCCGACGAUACGCCUGAGAAACUCGAAGCCGAACGUGCAGCUGCGCAAGAAUUCAUAGACACUGCCGAGCCGCUGACAGAAGAGGAGCAGGCACUGAAGGAGAAGUACACCGAAGCUGGUUUCCACGACUGGACUAGACGAGACUUCCAGCAGUUUGUCCGCGCUCUUGAGAACUAUGGCUGGACGGAUGAAUAUGAUCUAUUAGCAUCGGAGAUACAGGAUAAGGAUUGGAGACAGGUUAAGAAGUACUAUCUGUACUUCAAGAAGCACUGGAAGGAGCUAUCUGAACAUCCAAGAAUCGCUGCUCGUAUCGCCGAAGGCGAGGCGAAGCGAAACAAACGGUCAAACCUCGAGUCCUUACUUGCGAAGAAGAUCGCCUCGGUGCGCUACCCCAUGCAAGAGCUCGAACUCAACUAUCCGACGACAAAAGGCAAAGUCUACAGCGAGGAAUCGGAUAGGUACCUCCUCUGCCGGCUAAACCACUACGGAAUGGGUGCGGAUGACAUCUAUGAACGUAUCAAGAAGGAUAUCAUGGAGUUUCCUGUAUUCCGCUUUGAUUGGUUUUUCAAAAGUCGGACGCAGCAGGAACUGCAGCGAAGGUGUAACACACUGCUCGGCAUGAUCGAGAAGGAGGCGGAGGCGAGGCAGGCGGAGGAGGUGAAGCCGAAGGGUGGGUCGAGAGGCAAGAAGCGUGGAAUAGAUGAAGUGCAGAAGGAUGAAACACCUAUUAAGGUGUCUAGGUCACCUUCGCCUGCUCCUGCACCGGCACCACCUAAGAGAUCGCACAAGAAGAAAAAGACUUAGAUGUGUUUCCUAGGGCUGCACAUCUUUGUUUCAGUGCUCAGUACUCGGUCCUUGUAGAAUAUUUUUAUCAUCGUAAUGUCGUUGUUGUGAAUGUAUUACUAUGCACUUGA